AUGGCAAUCUGCAUCAAGGAUUCAAGUCAUCAGGCCAGAUCCAUAUUUGCUUCGCCCACAGUAAAGGAAAACCUAACUUACGACACAAAUCCACAAGAUUGUACAAAGUCCAUAGCAAUACCUUGUGCUGGGGUCACGCGAGUUGCGUAUGUGCCGGACUGUGGUGAAGUACGGGGAAGGCAGCUGAGAUGGCGAGCUGCGAGCGGACGGCUGAUUGAGCAGCGGCGGAUGUGCGGUGGAGAUGCUGCGAGAGGCGAUCGAGGAUUUCGCGGCGAGGAGGUUUCCGGCGGCCCGAAGCUUGUACAGAGAAUUGGAUUUGACGAAAUUCAUUUUCCUCUCUCUGCCUGA